UAUUAUAGAUAUGACCUUUGUACCUAGCUGCUUCAUGAGACAAGACUAUUAACUAUGUCCUUGCAGAGGCUGCUACGAGUUAGAGCUCCAACAAGACAGUUCCUGAGAUCAAGUGUUGGACCCUCUAGGCUGCGUUGGUCCAGUGGAGUGAGCUACCCCCUGCAGCUGGCCUCAGUGACCCCGCAACAUGCAGCCUUGUAUAAGGAGAGUCUAGUGAACCCCGCGAGGUUCUGGGGGGACCUAGCCAGGAGCAAGCUGCACUGGAUGGAGGACUUCACUCAAACGAUGGACUGUGACAUGAGUGGGGAUCGGUUAAAGUGGUUUCUAGGGGGAAAGAUCAACGUGUCAGUGAACCUGUUGGAUCGUCAUGUUGAGACUGACCCCACCAAGGUGGCUCUGAUAUGGGAGAGAGAUGAACCAGAAGAUCACCAGAUCAUCACAUACCAGGAGUUGCUUGAUGAGACGUGUCGCCUUGGCAACCUCCUCAAGAGGGACGGAGUGAGGAAGGGAGAUAGAGUAGCUAUCUAUAUGCCCGUGUCCCCUGUUGCCGUGGCAGCCAUGCUAGCCUGUGCUAGGAUAGGAGCAGUGCACAAUGUGGUGUUUGCUGGGUUCAGUGCAGAGUCCCUGAGAGCGAGGAUUAUUGAUGGUGGUGUGAGUGUGGUGAUGACGGCUGAUGAGGGUGUGAGAGGUGGGCGGGGGAUUCCCCUCAAGAGUGUGGUGGAUGAUGCUGUGGAGGGGGUGGAGUCUGUGAGACGAGUGUUUGUGGCUACACGGACGGGAUCAAAGGUCAACAUGGACCCUGUUAGAGACGUCCCAUUGGAACAGGCUAUGUCCAGUGAGUCAAGAGUGUGUCCUCCUGAGGCUCUGGACAGUGAGGACAGUCUGUUCAUGCUCUACACCUCUGGUAGUACUGGUCGUCCUAAGGGACUGGUACACACUCAGGCUGGGUAUCUGCUCUAUGCAGCACUCACUCAACAGUAUGCGUUUGACUACCAUCCUGAGAGAGGAGAUGUGUUUGCAUGUGUGGCAGACAUUGGCUGGAUCACUGGUCACUCCUAUGUGGUGUAUGGUCCACUGUGUAAUGGAGGGACCACUGUACUCUUUGAGAGUGUUCCUACUUACCCCAACCCAGGUCGAUACUGGGAGAUGGUGGAGAGGUUAAAGGUCACUCAUUUCUACACCGCCCCCACAGCUAUUCGUAUGCUUCUCAAGUUUGGAGAUUCUUGGGUAUCAAAAUACGAUCGCUCCAGCCUCCGCACACUGGGCUGUGUGGGGGAGCCCCUGAAUGACGAGGCGUGGCUAUGGUAUAACAACGUGGUGGGUGAGGAUCGCUGCACUGUGGUGGAUACAUGGUGGCAGACAGAAACUGGUGGGAUCAUGAUAUCUCCUAGACCAUCUCCCGAUGACUCCACCCCUAAACCAGGGUUACCUAUGACGCCAUUCUUUGGUAUUGAGCCAGCUCUUGUCAGCCCUGAAACAGGGCGUGUACUGGAGGGUCCCAAUGUGUCGGGUCAUCUCUGCAUACAGAGACCAUGGCCUGGAAUGGCUCGCACAAUACAUGGUGAUCAUGACAAGUUCAUCAACACUUACUAUCGUCCCUACCCCGGUCUCUACUUCAGUGGAGAUGGUGCCAGACGUGAUGCUGAGGGACACUAUCAGAUCACUGGGAGAGUGGAUGAUGUCAUCAAUGUCAAGGGUCACAGGAUAGGCACUGCUGAGCUGGAGAGCUGUGUUGACCAGAACGAGAGUAUUGCAGAGACAGCUGUAGUGGGCUAUCCUCAUGACACAUUCGGAGAAGCUAUCUAUGCCUUCAUGGUUCCCAUGGAAGGUGUGGCGGUGGAUGAAGAAGAGCUAGUGGCUGACAUUCAGGCAAGCAUUCGGAAGAAGAUUGGCAGCUUUGCUGUCCCCCAGAGAUAUCUCAUUGUACCAGGGCUUCCUAAGACACGCUCGGGGAAGAUAAUGCGGCGUAUCCUCAAGAAGAUCUCAGCUGAUCAACCGGAGGAGCUUGGUGACACCUCCACUCUGGCUGACCCUGCUGUGGUGCAACUCAUACUAACCAAACACUCAGACAAAUAUGUCAGCUAGCUAUAAUUAUUAGAUAUAUGCUUUUGUUAGAAUUCAUUAUUUUCAUGUUGUCUGUGUUUAGUUGCUUGCCCUGUGUAAAGUUGAAAAUUAGAGUCAAUUUCACAAUAAAAAUUAAUGGUAUGGA